UUAAAUAAUAGAAAAAUGUUUGACCAAUAAAAAACCCUAAACUGGAUCUUCCUCUCUAGAUCUCAAAGUUCCAAGAAUGGCUCAGAGCUCCGACGAUUGUGAAGUCUGAGUGGGUCGCAGCCGAAUUGAAGCUUUUGAAGUCUCUACGCUGAGCUCAUUUUGCAUUUCACGAGGUAGGUUCCAUCAACAUUUAUAAGUUUCAUGCUUCAAUAAUUGUGAAGUUUCUAUUUUUUAUAUCACUUUGCUGGUGGAAAUUGAGCCUUUGGAAAGUCAUUUCAUAUAAGUAGUGCACAUACUUGGUGAAGUUGAAGAAUUAAGCAAAGUCAACUCAUAGAAGGAAAGAAGAAAACAAAAGAGAGAGAGAGAUAGAGAGAGAGAAAAUUCAUUCUUGUGAAGACAAUUGGUGAUGUAGAUAUAUAAAUGAUCACCAAAGUGUAGUAUGAGGAGGAUCAAGUUUCCAAAGCGUUACUGGAUUGUUAUUUUGACCUUUAUCUGCACGUCUGUUUGCUAUAUUGAACGUGUGGGCUUCUCAAUUGCAUAUACUGUUGCAGCUGAUGCUGCGGGGGUAAAUCAAUCUAGCAAAGGAAAAAUACUUUCUACAUUCUAUUAUGGAUAUGCCUGUUCACAGGUUCCUGGAGGUUGGGCAGCCCAAAAAAUUGGGGGAAGGAAGGUUCUUCUCUUCUCAUUUGUAUUAUGGUCGAUGACUUGUGCAUUAGUUCCACUAGAUCCCAAUUUAGUGGUAACCUUGGUGAUUGCACGAUUGCUUGUUGGUGUGGCACAAGGGUUCAUCUUCCCCUCCAUUCACACAGUUCUAGCACAAUGGGUUCCACCCCAUGAAAGAUCCAGGUCUGUUUCUCUCACAACCUCUGGUAUGUAUCUUGGGGCAGCUGCAGGAAUGCUAUUCCUUCCAAGCCUGGUGAAAUUUAAAGGUCCCCAAUCAGUUUUUCUUGCUGAGGCAGCGCUAGGUGGUAUGUGGUCUAUGCUUUGGUUCGCAUAUGCCACUGACCCACCUCGUUCUGAACAUCCUAAAGCCACAGCUGCUGGUUUUGGGGAGUCUUUGUUGCCAAUUAAAGGAAGCCAAAAGUUGAAAGUGGAGAAUGGAGGAAAUUCCGCCAGAAAUUCCAAGAUCCCAUGGAAGAGAAUUAUCCUUAGUUUGCCUGUUUGGGCGAUUGUGGUAAAUAAUUUCACCUUCCACUAUGCAUUAUAUGUUUUGAUGAAUUGGCUGCCCACAUACUUUGAAUUAGGUCUCCAGCUUAGCCUUCAAGAGAUGGGUUCUUCCAAGAUGAUGCCUUAUCUCAACAUGUUUUUAUUCUCAAAUAUUGGUGGUAUGUUAGCAGACCACUUUGUCACUAAGAGAAUCUUGUCUGUGACCAACACCCGAAAAUUCUUGAAUACCAUAGGGUUUGUAGUUGCUUCUCUUGCUUUGAUGGCGAUUCCUAUGUUUAGAACAUCUAACGGAGCUGUACUAUGUUCUUCUGUGGCACUUGGCUUCUUAGCUCUUGGGAGAGCUGGUUUUGCUGUGAAUCACAUGGAUAUUGCUCCAAGAUAUGCAGGUAUAGUGAUGGGAGUUUCAAAUACUGCUGGAACAUUAGCUGGAAUUAUUGGAGUUGAUUUAAGUGGAAAACUAUUGGAAGCAGCCAAAAGUAUCGAUUCGGAUCUUUCGAGUCCAGAAAGUUGGAGAAUGGUGUUUUUUAUACCAGGGUUGCUCUGCAUCUUUAGUUCUGUCGUGUUCUUACUAUUCUCCACAGGGGAAAGGGUUUUUGACUGAGCUAAGUAUGUUACAUGCAAAGCCUCUCACUUUGAAAGGUGAUUUAUCACUCUUGGUUAUUGAUAACUUGGAGUAAUCGGCAUAAAAGAAAAUUCUUCAUUCUUUGAUACGUUUUGCUGCAUUAAUUUGUAUCUCACAAUACCAGGGUUUGUAGGAUUUGGAACAUGUAAUAUUCUUUCUUUUUUGUGAAAUGUUAGCUUGUAAUUUAAUAUAUUUGACCACACUGAAAAUAAAAGGUCUCGAC